AUGACUAACUGUGCCAUAUCCCUCGGAUCUGCUGACAUUGAUGCUAUGGCAGAUCAACGCCAGAACAACAACGAAGGCUUCGACAGUCCCAAGUCUUCCGCUGUAUCUUCUGACAUCAGUGGGCUCGGAAACUUGAGCGGCAGAGCGACACCAGUACGAGCACGUGUUGUUCAUGGUAAAAGAGAGGUGACACUGGAUCAGCCGGAGAGUCUACGCAAAAGAAAACGCCAAGACAUUGAGGAAUGUACCGUCGACUCCAACGAUUCUGAAAUUGAAUCAACCUCCGCUGAACAGGGAGCUGAACGAGGACAAUCUUCAAAUCGAGAAAGAUCAGAACGAUCAGAAAGGGAGAUCCUGGCCCUUGAGACCAGUCAAACGCAAACCGAGCACAGCACAGUUUCACAGUCCGUUGCGGAACCAUCGUCGCAGAAUAUCGAAAUGCCGGACUCCUCAGGGUACAGCAAGAAGGGAGACAAGAGUUCUAGCGGAGGGAAGAAGGGAGACAAGAGCUCGAGCGGCGGGCGAAAAUCUCGCGAGAACUCUGCAGAGACAGAGAAUACUACCGACGAGUCAUCGUCGAAGAGGGGCCGGAGCCGCAGUGGUUACAACUGA